UCUUAUCUGAUUGGAUUUUGGAUUCCAAUUCCAAUUAAUUAGCGAAAUCGGAAUCGGACUAACUUUAAUAUAUUUUAGGUUAAGGGCAUAUAGGACAUCUAUCUUAUAGUUAGUUCGAUCGCAGCUUAUUGUAACACAAAAGAUGAGUCUUUCAAGAAGUUUUAGUCUUUUAAAAAAUGCUAUCGCCCCAGGACGAAAUUGGAAUCAAGUCAGACAUGAUAGCCAUGGAGCUUGGACUUACCGAAGACUGGCUGUUGAAAAUGUGCCAAAAAGCCAUUUUAUGAUAAGAGAUGGUCUUAUGGGUUUUGGAAUCUGGUGGAUUCUCUGGCAUUUGUAUCACCAACCAGGUCAUAUUGUGGGAGAAUACGAUUAUCCGGACCCGUCCAAAUGGACUGAUGCUGAGCUAGGAAUACCCCCUGAUGACGAAGAAUAAAUUCCAAUAGCUAAUAAUAAGAAAUUUUGUUUAGAAUGUGUUGUAGUAAAUGCCGAUAAUAUACUUUUGUUUUCAA